AUGGAUGUGAUCAACAAAAUAGCAGCUAUGUCUCCACCGACCAACAAAAAGGAAACACAAGCUUUCUUAGGUGUUGUGAGUUUCUGGAGAAUGCACAUUCCAAAUUACAGUCUGAUUGUAAACCCUCUUUAUGAAGUGACCUGGAAGAAGAACAAUUUCAAAUGGAGUCCUGAGCAACAACAAGCCUUUGAACAAAUUAAACAGGAGACUGUUCACACAGUAGCCCUUGGGCCAGCCCAAGUAGGACAAGAUGUAAAACAAGCUCUCCAUGAGCCAGCGCUGUGCAGUCGUGGCCAAGGCGGCCAAUGUGCUUGUACUAAGUACUUUUCAGCUUCUCAUGGAAGCGCCACUGAUGCAGCCCAACAGUUUCAGUAUGCAGUGAGAGUUAUUGGAAGCAACUUUGCUCCCACCGUUGAACGGGAUGAAUUUCUUGUUGCAGAGAAAAUCAAGAAAGAACUUGUGCGACAAAGAAGGGAAGCAGAUGCUGCUUUGUUUUCAGAACUCUACAGAAAACUCAGUUCACAGGGCAUUUUGAAAAACAAAUGGUCAAUACUCUACCUCCUGCUUAGCCUUAGUGAAGAUCCACGUAAGCAGUCUAACAAGGUAUCAAGUUAUGCCACGCUUUUUGCUCAAGCGUUGCCACGGGAUGCUCACUCAACCCCUUAUUACUAUGCCAGGCCUCAGAGCCUUCCGUUGAAUUACCAAGACCGCAGUGCUCAGUCUGCCCAGAGUUCUGGCAGCAUGGGGAGCAGUGGGAUCAGCAGCAUCAGCCUGUAUGCCCUGAAUGGGCCAACGCCAACUCCACAAUCACUCCUCCCAGGACAAUCCUAUCAAGCUCCAGGCGUUGGAGAUUGCCUGCGUCAGCAAUUAGGGUCACGUCUCGCAUGGACUCUAACUGCAAGCCAGCCUUCUUUACAAAGCACUACCUCAAAAGGCUUUUCAAAUGCUGUCUCCCGUGGUGUGCCAAGGUCAAGGCGAGAAGGGGAUACAAGUG